UAUAUAUCUCGUUCUUGAGAUUCCACAGUCGACCGCGCGCAGUGUGUUAGGCAUUCGCAACGUUCUUCGUUUCCGUUCCACCUGAAAAAACAAACCAUUUUCACACUGAAUUCCAAGUUUAGCAAUUGGAAUCGAAUCCCUUCCCCCAAAUCCAAACCCCCUUUUUCCCAUUUUGUUUCAACCCCACAAAUUCCUUCAAAUCCCUUAUCCCUUCUUUGAAGAUUCAAUCAUUUCCUCUGUUUCAUGGCUGAGAGUGAAUUGGAGAGGGGCGAGACCAAUUGCGGCCUACUUGCUUCCAUGGAUUCCUCCGAGUCCCGAUGGGUUUUUCAGGAUGACGAUCAAUCGGAGAUCGAUGACGACGACGACGACAAUAAUGCAUCGCACCAUCGUAUGGAUUUGGAAUCUGAGGAUGAAGAUAAUGUCGAGCAGAAAUUGAUUCGGACUGGCCCACGUAUUGAUUCUUUCGAUGUCGAAGCCCUUGACGUCCCUGGUGCUCAUAGAAAUGAAUACGAGGACUUCAGCGUGGGAAAGAAAAUUGCUCUUGCUUUUCAGACACUUGGAGUUGUAUUUGGUGAUGUUGGGACAAGCCCUCUGUAUACCUUCAGUGUCAUGUUCAACAAAGUUCCUAUUAAUGAAGAUGAAGAUGUUAUUGGGGCACUAUCGCUAGUUAUCUACACCUUAAUCUUGAUUUCACUAGUCAAGUAUGUUCUUGUUGUUCUUCUGGCAAAUGAUGAUGGUGAAGGUGGUACUUUUGCUUUGUACUCUUUGAUUUGUAGACAUGCCAAGGUCAGUCUACUCCCAAAUCAACUGCCUUCGGAUACCCGAAUAUCAAGUUUUAGAUUAAAGGUGCCAUCAGCUGAAUUGGAAAGAUCACUAAAAAUAAAGGAAAAACUUGAGGCUUCCCUGACCUUAAAGAAGCUUCUUUUGAUGCUUGUUCUUGCUGGAACUGCUAUGGUAAUAGCCGAUGGAGUUGUUACGCCAGCAAUGUCAGUAAUGUCGGCUGUUGGUGGACUAAAGAUUGGAGUGGAUGCAAUCAACCAAGAUGAGGCUGUGAUGAUCUCAGUUGCCUGUCUUAUAAUUUUGUUCAGUGUUCAGAAGUAUGGCACUAGCAAAGUGGGGCUUGCUGUUGGUCCUGCGUUAUUUGUAUGGUUUUGUACACUUGCAGGCAUUGGGAUUUAUAACCUUGUCAUAUAUGAUAGCAGUGUAUUGAAGGCAUUCAAUCCUGUUCAUAUCUAUUAUUUCUUCAAAAGGAACUCUACCAAUGCAUGGUAUUGCCUUGGAGGUUGUCUUUUAUGUGCUACAGGUAAACACACUGAUCUACUGAUAUUUCUUUUUUUGUUGUAGUUUAGAUAAGAGAUGCAUUUCAUUAAUACAAUGA